AUGGGAAUUGGAUCCUCGCAUCGCAGUGAACGUGAUGCGUCACUUGCCAACAUUCCGUAUCAAUCUUCAUUGACUUCUCAUAUCAUGGAAACGAAACGUAAAAACAAUAGUGGAAAUUCAUUGAAUACUUUGAUUCAUCCGUCAACAACAACAUCAGCAUCAUCAACAAUACCUACAGACAUGUCUCCGAAUCAUCAAUUACCAAAUUUGGAAAAUUCAAUAGUACAAGAAAAAAAUCAUUCUUCAUUAUUACAGCAUUCUCAUCAUCACGAUUCCAUAUUACAAUUUAUUGAAAUUCCAAAUCGAGACACUCUUCAACAUUUCACAGAUUAUUAUUAUUCCAUGUGCGUGCCCAACGAUUGGAGAGUUGAAGUUUAUGGUCCAACGACGAAUGCAAGUCGAGGAGGUGGAAUUGUCAUUAGUGGAACAAGUACUUUGAAUCCUCCUCCUCAAACGACAACGACCACGAAUCCAAUGAAUUAUUCGAAUGGAGUGACUUCUCCGAUGACCAUGAUGGAGAAUGUGAAUUCUGGAGUGUCAACUUGUGAGGGUAACCAUACUGGUAACUCCAAUUCGACGACGACGACGACAACAACAACAACUGCAUCAUCCUCGUCGUCAUCUUCAUCAUCAUCGACACUGAAUCAUUCAGUAAAUGUGAAUACUUCCAGUCCAGCAUUGAAUGCAUCGUCGUCGUCACAAAUCAUGAAUGGACAAAAAAUUUAUUUUUCAACCUAUGAUAAGAAUGUGGAAAAGGAUUUUAUUGAAAUUUAUGUCACCUUUUCUCCAAAUGAUAUUGAAAAAGAAGCCAAGUUGGCGAUUGAUGAUAUUCAUCAAAUGGGACAACAAGAGAAUCAUGAAGAUGAUUAUUUUGGUCGCCAUUCGAGUCAUAGUUUGCAAAAUCAAACACAUGCAAGUCAGACCUUAACAACCAAUCAUUUGAAACGAAUGCCUUCUUCACAUGCCAUUCGACAAGGAAUGUCACAAAUGUCACAACAAGCAGGUUUUUCGCGAGUCAUUGAACCCAAAAUAGUGAAAGGCAUUACACACGUGAUUGGAAAAAAGAUUCAACCUGAAAAGAAAGCUCUCUAUUUUAUCAUGCAAUUUCGACAUGAAUUAUUACCUCAAAAAUUACUUUAUAAGAAAAUUUAUUUCAUUCAAGAAGGAAAUGGAAUUAUUUAUUGCUUGACAUUGACCACAACGAGAAGAGAACCAGAAGAUGUGAUUGGAUAUACAAGUGUCACUCCAAGUCCAUUACUAACGAGUAGAGAAAAUCAAAGUGCAAGAAGUGCAAGAUCUUCUUCAAUUCCUGCCAUUCAUAUUGAAUCUCACACGUGUCACAGUCCUUCGAAUUCAAGUUCAGUCACACCUCCAACGACUCACAGUAAGAAUUUGAGCUUGUCAGUCACUAGUGUUGCUUUUGAAAGUAAUUCUUCUACAUCAAAUUCUGCAAAUUCAUCUCCGAAUUUAAAUGGUGAACCAACUAGUAACAACAAUAACACGACAUUGACAACAGUCUCAAAUUCACAACCCAAUAGUGCUCGAAAACGAAAUUCCUCUUCUGGUUCAGCACCAAAAAAGACCUUCAUGAAAAUGGUGACCUCUGCCUUAUCGACCUCAGCCAUUGAAAGUGACAGCGGUGAUGAAAUGACCAUUUUGACUGGAUUUAUUCCAUCCGUCUUGUACCAUUCUGUGAAUUCACAAUCCAUGGCUUCUCAACAACAGUCACAACCUGUUUUGGAUGGAGGAGUGUGGAGUGAUAUUUUAGUUCGUGAGUUAUUUGUUGGAAAAUCAUUGAAAGAGUUGAAACGAAAAACUAGUAAUAUGGAUGGAGAAGGAGUAAUUAUUCAUGUACCUAUUUGUUUUAUUCCUUCUCUGAGAUUGGAGACUGAUGGAGAACAGGAAAUUAUAAAACAUUAUGGAAUUUCAGAUUUUGGAAAGAGAAAGGAGGAUUAUAAAUUAUUACUCUAUCAUCCAAUUCAAUAUUUAUCGAGAGGACCAUACUCGACGAAAGAGGAAAUGGUUGAAAAUAUUUUUGUGACCCAUGUAGAUUUUGUUUUAAAACACACCACCACAGUAUAUGAAAAGAAGAAUUUAAUUGAAUUUUAUUGGAAUGCCGAUGUGUGUGGAAAUUGUGAAAAACUUGAGGAGGAAAUUACCUUGUUAACAAUGCCUACGGAGAAGAAUAGUGGAAAAUUAUUGAAUUUCUUCUAUGAGAGGAUUUUUAAGGAAAAGGUCAAGAAAUCAUUCACUCUCUUGAAUGAGAAGAGUAUGGAGUUUUCUUCCGUGAUGAAUCAUCAAUCUGUAGACUCAAACUUGGGGAACAAUACAUCCAUAAUAACACCCCAAAUGACAAUGCACAAGGCAAAAUAUUUAGAAUUGGAUGGUAAUACCUAUUUUGGUAACACUCUCAAGAAACAAUGUUGUUUGGUAGAGAGAAAUUUCAAAAUUUGGAUUUUUACAUAUAGUUCCACCAAUAAUUUGAUUGCAAGCGAAGCUUUCCAUACUAUCUUGUCGGAAAUAAAAUACACGUCAUGA